AUGCGGCCGCAAUUGCUCCGUGCGGCCGCGCGCUCGAGACAAUUCGCCAACGCCAGAUCAUGUCGGUCCUUUGCUACCACGACGCGGCGUAGCGCCGAGGUCGAGUUGACCAUUGAUGGCAAGAAGGUCUCAAUUGAAGCUGGCUCCGCUUUGAUUCAAGCUUGUGAAAAGGCCGGUGUGACUAUUCCAAGAUACUGCUACCAUGAGAAAUUAUUGAUUGCAGGAAACUGUCGUAUGUGUUUGGUGGAGGUGGAAAAAGCUCCCAAGCCCGUUGCAUCAUGCGCGUGGCCCGUUCAGCCCGGUAUGGUUGUCAAGACCAACUCGCCGUUGGUACACAAGGCCCGAGAGGGUGUUAUGGAAUUCUUACUUGCAAACCAUCCUCUUGACUGCCCCGUGUGUGACCAGGGAGGCGAGUGUGAUCUCCAGGAUCAGUCGAUGCGUUACGGUGCCGAUCGCGGUCGCUUCCACGAAACCGAAGGAAAACGUGCCGUCGAAGACAAGAACAUCGGCCCUUUGAUUAAAACUUCGAUGAACCGAUGCAUUCACUGCACCCGUUGUGUCCGUUUCAUGAACGAUAUUGCUGGCGCCCCUGAGCUUGGUACUACCGGACGAGGAAACGAUAUGCAGAUUGGAACAUAUUUGGAACAGAAUAUCAGUUCUGAACUUUCGGCCAACGUCAUCGACCUAUGCCCCGUUGGUGCCCUUACCUCCAAGCCCUACGCCUUCCGAGCUCGUCCAUGGGAGUUGAAGCAUACCGAAACCAUUGAUGUCUUGGAUGGUCUCGGCUCCAACAUCCGCGUGGAUUCUCGCGGAAUGGAAGUUAUGCGAGUUAUACCCAGACUUAACGACGAUGUGAAUGAGGAAUGGAUUAACGAUAAGACUCGAUUUGCUUGCGACGGAUUGAAGACACAGCGAUUGACUAACCCUCUCAUUCGCCGCGAAGGAAAAUUCGUUCCAGCAACUUGGGAACAGGCUUUGACCGAGGUCGCUUCCGCACACGCUAGACUGAACCCUAAGGCCAAUGAGUUCAAGGCUGUUGCUGGUCAGCUAGUCGAGACCGAGUCUCUCGUUGCUAUGAAGGACUUGGCUAACAAGCUUGGCUCCGACAACUUGGCUUUGGACAUGCCUAACGGCGGUGCACCAAUCGCUCACGGUGUUGAUGUUCGCUCAAACUAUCUGUUCAAUUCCAAGAUCGUUGGUGUUGAAGAGGCAGACGCUAUCCUCCUUGUCGGUACAAACCCUCGCUACGAAGCCGCAGUCUUGAAUGCUCGUAUCAGGAAACAAUACUUGCGCUCUGAUCUUCAAGUUGGUCUUGUUGGAGAGUCGUUUGAAAGCACCUUUGGCUUUGAACACUUGGGAGCCGACGUCAGCAGCCUUCAGUCCGCUCUUUCUGGAGAGUUUGGCAAGAAGCUUGCUUCCGCUAAGCGCCCUAUGAUCAUUGUUGGAAGUGCCAUCGCCGAGCACCCCGACGCCAAGUCCGUUUUCGAGACCGUUGGUCAAUUCGUUGAGAAACACGCCACCACAUUCAGAACCGAUGAAUGGCAGGGAUACAACGUCUUGCAAAGAGCUGCUUCCCGUGCUGGAGCCUAUGAAGUCGGUUUCACAGCUCCUUCGCCGGAAGUUGCCAAGACUACACCCAAGAUGGUCUGGCUUCUUGGUGCCGAUGAGAUCAACGCCAGCGAAAUUCCCAAGGAUGCCUUUGUUGUGUACCAGGGCCACCACGGAGACCGUGGCGCACAGUUGGCAGACGUUGUCCUCCCAGGUGCAGCAUAUACUGAGAAGUCUGGAACUUACGUUAACACGGAGGGCCGUGUCCAAGUCACACGUGCUGCAACAUCUCUGCCAGGCGCUGCCCGUGACGACUGGAAGAUCAUUCGUGCAGUCAGUGAAUUCUUAGGCUCGCCUUUGCCAUAUGACGAUAUUGAGGCUCUUCGUGACCGCAUGGAGGAAAUCAGCCCUGCCCUUUGCAGAUAUGACUUGGUCGAGUCUACUUCAGUACCAGCUCUUUCCAAGAUCCAAUUGGUCGACCAAAACAAGGGUUCCAAACCAACUGGUGCCGAGUUCAAGAAGGUUAUUGAGGACUUUUACUUCACAGACGCUAUCUCCCGAAGCUCCCCCACGAUGGCUCGUUGCUCAGCUGCCAAAGCCACCGGCAACCCCGAAACCAACUUCAUGGCUGCCGGUGAAAUGUCACCACAAGCCGUCUAUGGCAACAUGGCAUAA